AUGUUAACAGACACUAGAUGCACCAACAAAUAUGAUGCAGAUGAUUUGUUUUCUGCAAGUAGUCAUGAUGAUGAUGGAGAUGAUGACGACGAUCAAGGUACUUCAGGUAUCAAGGUUACUAAAGAGUCAAAUGAAGAAAAUGUUGAUGAUUAUCUUCAUGACGAUGCCAAUGAAGAACCUGAAACUGCUGAAGGUGAAGGGGAGAAUGUUGAUGAUACGAAUGUUGAUGAAAGUGAAAAAUUGAUUCUACGUCUUGAACCUGAUGUAGAAGAAUGUGAAUUCAGGCAUUCUUAUACUUUAGCAGAGAUCAUCAAGUUGACACACAUUGAUGAAAAUGAGUUUAAGUUUGAUUUCGAAGAUGAGUUGAACGAGUUUGACAUCAAUCAGCAGCAUGAAUAUGAAUACAAAUAUGUUGAAGAUGAUGAUAACUAUGAUAAAGUUGAAAUUGAAGACUGUAGUGAUGAAGAACAGUCUGAUGUGAAUGUUGAUACGUCUAACUUUCUGACGCUUGCAGAGUUUUUCAGUCAAGCUAAUGAAGAAGAGUUGAGAAGGAAAGUUGAAGAAUGUGUUAAGAAUAAAAGUUUUGAUGAAAUGUCAAAGGAAGAAAGAUGCGAAGAAAAGAAAAAAUGGUUCAGGAAAGACACUGAAAGAAAGUUCAAAAGACCUCUGAAGUAUUACAAGAGAGACAGAGAAGUGUCUUUGGGUGAUAUUAUCAGUUGGGGGUAUCUGCCGCAGGUGAAUGCAUACACAAUACAAAGAGAGUUUGGCGUGCAGUACUUCGAAGAACGUGAUAUGCCUACGUGGGGUCUGAUGAAAUUCGAAGCUUUCAAAGAUUUCAAACACUGGAAGCCACAUCAACCAAAGAAAGUGAAGAGGGUGGAUCCAGAGACUGGCAUUGAAGAGACGAUCUUGCAGAUAAAGAAGCCCAGAGUGUUAAAGAACAUUCCAUUGCCGAAGAUGGAGCAAGAGUUUCACAAAGGGUUCUUCUGCAUGUCUACUGAAGCCGUGAUCACAUACAAGGUGGAGAAUGAAGUUAGACACAUCCACUUGUAUGAUCUGAUGUGGAUUGUCAAUUGCUCAGCUGAAGAUAUCAAGUGUUUGUUCAUUAACAAGAUCUGUUAUAAAGCUGAAGACAAAGAUCAGGCUUUACAGUUCCAGAAAGUAGCAACUAUAUGUUUCCAGAAAGGAAUAAAUUCCGAGAAUGAAUGGUCGUCUAAGUGGAGGAAGAUUGAGAAAGAGGAAGCUCUGAAAGCUGAGAAAGAAAGACAAGAACGUGAAAAGCUUAGAGGUAAAUGGAUGAAGAUGCAAGCUGAAGAGAAAUUGCAAGCAGCUAAAGAAAACGAGAAGCUGAAAAGUUUGUUGAAGAGAAAGCCAAAGCAGAGGGAAGAAAAGUUUAAGUCCCUGUGA